GUGGCAAAACACCUAUAAAAAGAGCUUACAAAAACAGAUACAAAAGUAAAAGUGAUAUUUGACCCCAAAAAAAGAAGUAAAAGUGAUAUAUUGGCAACAACGAAAAUGAAUUGCAAGAUUGGAUUCAUGAGCUGUGUGGUGCUUACUUCAAUAGUCAUCCUAUUUCUCUUGGUUUCAGGGAUAGUUGAAGCUCAAAAAGCCCAAUGCAUUGGAACAUGUGACGUACUUUUCGACUGUUCUUUCGCUUGCGCCAAUAAGGGAUACAGCCAUGGCCAUUUCGUUUUCUAUAGAAGUCCCAACGAAUGUUGUUGCAACAAUUAAAUGUUUCAUAUCUCUUAUCUAUUGAAAAUUAUCAACAAAAAGUAUCUCUGAUUAUUAUUAAUAAUACUAUA